AUGGCGGAAAGUAAUAACCAGGAGAUAGUAAAGGAGAAACCGGGGGUAGAUUUGGGUAAAGAAAAAUAUGUAGAUGAUUCAGUGAUUGGUGAUUUUAGUUUUGAUGUAUCACAAGCAAAUCAUAGUGAUUUAUCUGAUUCAAUGUCUUCUAAUUAUGGGAUAGACAAUGAACUGAGUAAAGUGGAACCUGAUGUUAAAUAUAUACCUAUUACUGUUAAAGUAAUAAAGCAGGAACCAGUGUCAAGUGCUUCAAAAGGUGGAGGUAGUUGGGAAGAAGAAGAAGAGGAGGUUGAUUACGACGAAGAUGAUGAUGUUGAUGAUGAUGAUGAUGAUGAUGAUGAUGAUGAAGAGGACGAUUAUGAUGAGUAUGAUGGUGAAGAGGACGAGAUGGGGGAGGGGGGAGAAAAUGAUUAUGAUGAGGCAGGUAAUGUUCUUGAUUGA